AUGCCGAAGCAUCCUCGCAUGCGACAUCCACCUCUCUGCUUGCAUAACGUAACAGCAAAUGCAGAUAAUCGUGGCAACUCAGCGGCAGUCCAAACAUCGCCGACUCGCAGGCCAGACCUGCUGUCUGCGCGAAUAGGCCCACCCUGCGAGGACCAGACCCAAGCUAAUCAAACGCUAUGGCCCCCUUACACGAAGAACCACCCCACCAAUCCAGAGAAGCCUGCUCGUCCACAUAGCAGAGUGCUCGCAAUCGUGUUUGCUAUUCUGAUCGCGCAAAACAUCGGACGAGUCGCCAGCGCCAAUGCGCUUCUCCUCAGCAAAAUGCCACAUCCACUCCUUCACACACUGAACCAGUGCAUGCUCUCAGUCAAGAGGACGUUACUUUGGCACAUAUGUGACGCUGUGCCCAGCAAAGGCAGGAUAACACACCCUUCUCUCAGAAGCCCCUCUCAUAAUUCCACACACUUGCUGCAACUGAACCAGUGCAAAGUGACAUGCAAACCAGGAUCUGGCAAUGCUGCUUACCAACCGCAUGCGAUGACUCCGCAAAAAACGUGA